UUUUUGCAAAGCAAGAUGGCGACCCGCAUCCCUCUGUCUUUAAAGAUGUCACUUUUCAAACCGGUUCUGUUUAAAAACCAUUGUUUAUCCAGAACCCUAGUCAAACCUUUGAGGGACCUGGCAAAACGAGGAUACACAGCGAGUCCACCGCAGGCGGUCGAGGACAAGCAGGCGGUCGCGGCUGGCCCCUCGGGGCCGAUGGAGCACUACCACAGUCUGACCAGAGAGGGCGCCCUUCGGGAGGACCCGCACCAGAGAGCCGUGGUGGAGAAGCUGGACCAAAUGCACAAAACCCUGCGAGGCUACAGCAACGCCCCCCCGUCGUUCUUCUCCAAGUUUUUCACAAAGCCCAAACCGCCGAAAGGUUACUACAUCUUUGGAGACGUUGGCACGGGUAAGACCAUGGUCAUGGACAUGUUUUACUCCCACGUUGAGACGGAGAAAAAGAAGAGGGUCCACUUCCACGGCUUCAUGCUGGACGUUCACAAACGAAUCCACCGGUUGAAGCAGAGCAUGCCGAAGAGGAAGGCAGGGAGAAUGGCCAAAUCCUACGACCCCAUCGCACCCGUGGCCGCCGAGAUCAGUGAGGAGGCGUGCCUUCUGUGCUUCGAUGAAUUCCAGGUCACCGACAUCGCUGACGCCAUGAUCCUGAAGCAGCUCUUUGAGAACCUCUUCCGGAACGGCGUCGUCGUCGUAGCGACCUCGAACCGGCCCCCUGAAGACCUGUAUAAGAAUGGCCUGCAGAGAGUCAACUUUGUGCCUUUCAUUGCUGUGCUGCAGCAAUACUGCCAAACCCUGCGCCUGGAUUCAGGAAUAGAUUACCGAAGGAGGAACAGACCCUCAGCCGGAAAACUCUACUUCCUCUCUAGCGACCCUGACGUGGAGGCUGCCCUUGACAAGAUGUUUGACGAGCUGGCUUUCAAACAGAACGACAUCACUCGGCCGCGGGUGCUCAGCGUUCAGGGGAGGAAGGUGGGUCUGGCCAAGGCCUGCGGGACCAUCGCCGACUGCACAUUCCAGGAGCUGUGUGACAGACCGCUGGGCGCCAGCGACUACCUGGAGCUGUCCCGGCUGUUCGACACCGUCUUCAUCCGGAACAUCCCCCUCCUCGACCUGAACAAGAAGACCCAAGCCCGCCGCCUCAUCACCUUGGUGGACACCCUCUACGACCACAAGGUGCGGGUGGUGAUCCUCGCCGACCACGCUCUAGAAGACAUCUUCGUCAGCGGCGACGACCACGACCUCCACGAGAGCCACGUUCUCAUGGACGACCUGGGCCUCAAACGGGACUCGGCCAGUGACCUCACCAUCUUCAGCGGGGCGGAGGAGGUGUUUGCCUUCCAGCGCACUCUGUCCCGGCUGACAGAGAUGCAGACGGAGCAGUACUGGGUGGAGGCCGACCGCAGCGCCAAAUAAGCCCCACGACGGACCCCUGGCGGUGGGGAGAGAGGGGCUCCCACCAGCCUGUAGCGCCGGCGGCUACGCCUCAUGCUAGUCCCUGCUGGGCCUUCCAGAACCCACUCCAUGGGCCUCCACUCAGAGCCCAGUGCUGGCACGCACACACCUCAGCCAAUUAUUUAUUACUGACAUUCUUGAUUUUAUCUCUACAUUGCACUUUACAGUAUGAGCAUAUAUAUAUAAAUAUAUAGAUCUGCCUGUGGGUGGGUGUAUAUACAUAUUUUAUCAUUUUAUUUCUGAUGGACCUUUGGGCUGCCUGGGAGAUUUUAACUGUGUGUGUGUGUGUGUGUGUGUGUGUGUGUGUGUGUGUGUGUGUGUGUGUGUGUGUGUGUGUGUGUGUGUGUGUGUGUGUGUGUGUGUGUGUGUGUGUGUGUGUGUGUGUGUCUCUGUGUUGACCCGAAAAGGUUAAAAACAAUGUAUUGAACAACAACAAGCAAUUUGGUAGAAAUGCAGGAAAACGCUAAACAUUCUCUCUCUACCGUAAACAUCCAAUGACCUUAUUGAUUGAAUCCCACUGCUGGGACGCCCUGGGAGACUGAAGGAAUGGAGCCAUUUAGCAGCAGUACACAGGUUCAUGGAAACAGGCCAAUUAGGAUGGAUAAUGAGGAUUUCACUAGAUUAUAUAAUCUAAAGAAGUCAUUUGGGGGCUGUAUAAUAAUAAUAAUAAUGUAUAAUUGUACAUUUCACAAGUGCGGUUCAAUGCCUGCAAAUUUAUAUAAAAAAAAAUUGAGUUAAUAUUAAGUGAACGGGCGUAUUCAAUCAUGAGCUUACCAAACGUACUGCCAUUUACAAUAUAAAAUAUUCUUUAUUAAACUCUGAUGGGAAUAAGCCUUUAAGUUUAGCCUAUUAUGCUUUCAGUUCAUCCAGUGGUAAUGUGGGUCGAAUGUAUCAGGACUUAUGUUAUUUAUCCUCUAGUAUUUAACCUCAUGCCGUUUUGGAUGAUUAGGAUGUGUCUGUAAAGUAACAGGCCUUAAACUGAUGACGUUCAGAGUUAUGAAGGCCUGAUUAGGACGUGUGUGUUAAGUGUUGUGAAGGCCUGAUUAGGACAUGUAUGUAAAGUAAAAGGCUGAUUAUGGUUCCACGUUCACGCAACUCAAUGACAUCGAAGACGCUUUGACGCAGUCGUGAACCUCUUUGGUUCCGAGUCGGGUUUUAGUUAGCGGCACUCGCUGCUGCGUCGCCUCGACGGAAGGUCACAAUUUUUUGGGAGGCGCCCGUGCGGUGGACACAAGGAGGUCUUCAACCUGAUGGUGUUAAAUAGGACGUGAUUAGGCCUGAUUAGGAUGUUUGUGUUAAAACAACAGGACUCGUGCGUCCUUAUCAACUCUCACCACGUCUGACGUCGUGCCAAAGCUCCUCUGACCUUGUUAGAAACAUUGUGUUUCAGGACAAGCCAAUCUUCCCCUUUGUCGUUCUCUAAUCGUGUUCCAUGCGAGGAGGCUCACACACCAUGGACCACACGGACUCUGAUCGCAUUGGCCUGUGUCGGUGACGUCACACCGUUGUAAAAUUGUGAUUAAAGUGCCAUCUUUGGA